AUGUGUCUUUGCUGGGACCCUAUUAAGAGGACAAUUGUGGCAAGCGAUGAAUGGUGGGAAAGAAAAAGACAAGAAAACUCAGAAUAUUUGAAAUGGCGAAAUGAGGGUUCAAAAUUCCUAGACAUGAUGGAGAUUUGUUUCAAAGAUGUUGUAGCGACAGAGUACAUGGCAAUGGUGUCAUAUGCAGACCCAUCUACUGACAAUGAAGUUUCUAAUCAUGAUGUUCAUAAUGAGAUGAAUGAAAGAGAAAUAGAUGCAUACAACUUUCACAUUGGUGAUGCAACUCCUGAACAAUGUAAUGAUACCCCAAGGCCUGAAACUAGCACAACACAAGAUAAGAAGAGACGAAAAACAUCACGAAAAGAAAGAAAAAGUGCAACGGACAAAUUACAAGAAUCAUUCGAUCGUCUUAUCUCUGGGAUGGAUAAUAUGUCCCGUUCAUCUAGUUCAAAAGCUGAAGACGAGGAUCUCUACAGUAUUGGCAAAUGCGUGGAUUUGUUGGACAUGAUACCCGAGGUUGAACGAGGGAGCCCAGAAUACUACCUCAUGGUCAGGAUGUUUGCAAGGAAAACUUAUAGAGAGACCUUCGUGCACCUAAUGAAUAGGGAUCCAUCACUUGCUAAAGGCUGGUUGAACACAUUCAAUAUGGACAACAUCGACCGAUUUUAA